UUAAUAUCAACAACCUGAGUUACUACUAGGCAAAACUUGUCUCCAGGUAAAACUGACACACUUUUAAGUUAUUAUAUUCGAUACGAUUCCGUAUUAUGGGGGAAGUAUUUUCCUGCGCGUUAGAGAAGUGUUUUGUUUGUUAGUUUAGCAUGUGUAGCAACUAAAUUAGCUAACUUUGUGUCACCUGUCUAGCAUACAUUCAUGUUGACAGUCUCGGUUAACAGACAGUACUUGAAUAUGCCCAGGUGUCGCUCUGUUCUCAGCUUUAACAAGGUUGCGGGUGUAGCUGAAUUGUGUGCGAGCUGUCGUUGACACGUCCUGGUAGUUUUAUGUGGCGCUGACAGAACCCGGGUCGUUCCCAAUGCUCCUGCAGCUGCUCCCACCUAUCAACUAGCCGCCCGGCUGCUCUCCUGUCCGCCGCCUGCCAUGGCUCACUGCGGCCCCGCAGAGCCCAGCGCAAAGGCGCAAGCACCGCGUCCCGACAGCAACAAGCCCGCGCAGGGCAGUGUCGACCAGGGUAUGAAGCCGGUGCUUUUCGAGAUCUUUGGGGAGUUGUGGACCGUCCAGUCCCGGCUCGGCCAAGGAGUCUCGGCCUCGGUGUACCAGGUCAGCUCGGGCAGAGCCAGCACAACCGCCGCUGUCAAGGAGUUUCAGGCCAACACUCAGGGAGGAGACUACGGGUAUCACAAGGAGAGGUCCGUGCUGGAAGAUAUCCAGGGACAUAAAAACAUAGUCACACUUUACGGGGUGUUCACCAACCACAGCUGUAUGGGUGUUGCCACCCGCUGUCUGCUGCUGGAGCUCCUGGAUGUCAGUGUGUCUGAUCUGCUGACCAGUGGUACCCAGGGUGGAAGACCCCAGCAGGGCCACUCCAUGUGGCUGGUGCAGCACUGUGCCAGAGACAUCCUGGAGGCUCUCGCCUUCCUCCACAGGGAAGGCUACGUCCACGCCGACCUCAAGCCACGCAACAUCCUCUGGAGCGCCGAUGAUGAGUGCUUUAAGCUCAUCGACUUCGGACUCAGCUUCAAAGAGGGAAACCAGGAUGUCAAGUACAUCCAGACAGACGGGUACCGGGCCCCGGAGGCGGAGCUUCAGAACAGCCUCGCUCAGGCGGGGGUGGAGGUGGAGGGGGACUCGGGCUGCACCCCCGCUGUGGACAUGUGGGGCCUGGGCAUCAUCCUGUUGGAGAUGUUCUCCGGAAUCAAACUCAAAGAGACCGUCCGCUCACAGAAGUGGAAGGAUAACAGUGCUUCCAUUGUCGACCAUCUUGUUGCCAGCAACAGUGUGGUGUGUCCCGCCAUCCCUGUCUAUCACCUCAGAGACCUUAUCAAAAGCAUGCUGCUCAACAACCCAAAACAAAGAUGCUCUGCUGAAACUGCCCUGCUCAGCCCGUUCUUCAGUAUUCCCUUCGCUCCUCACAUUGAGGACCUGGUCCUGCUGCCCACUCCUGUCCUGCGCCUCCUCAACCUGAUUGAUGACAGCCAUCUGCACAAUGAAGAAGAGUAUGAAGAAAUCCUGGAGGACAUGAAAGAGGAGUGCCAGAAGUACGGCUCCGUGGUGUCUAUGCUCAUCCCCAAAGAGAACCCAGGAAAAGGACAGGUGUUCGUGGAAUACGCCAACUCAUCUGACUCCAAGGAGGCUCAGAGGCUGCUGACGGGCCGCACCUUUGAUGGGAAGCUGGUGGUGGCCACCUUCUACCCUCUCAGCGCCUAUAAAAGAGGUUACUUAUACCAGACUGUGCAGUGAAGCCCUAAAGAUCAUUCCCCACCUCUGCACUCUUAGCAUGAAAACACAGGGGAGUCUUUGAAAACAUCUACAGCCAACACAAAGUCCUGAGUGUUUAACCUGUAGUUUGACUUGAUAUUAUUCAGUUAUUAAUGAGUGUAGUUCAAAGUUCUGCAUGUCAUUCAUGUGGUUUGAAUCUGUGUUACAUGCAGAGGGUUGAUUGAACUGAGCUGAUACUUUUUAUUUGAGCUUCCUCCAGUCUGCACAUUGCACAUCCAUCUUCAAGGUGAGCUGCAGCUACAUCUUUAACUGGCUCACUGAGUACAGCACUUCCUGUUCUAGCUUCCAUUUCACUCUCAUUCUACAAUGUGUCGUGAGAGAACAAUUACAUCUUCUCUGAUGUGGGUGGACAAAGCAAAAGCCUUUAUCAAAUGAAAUGUAAAGUUUGAGAAUCUGUGCUCUACAUUAUAUCUGAAAGUGAACACUUAUCUCAUCAGUUGAGUCAGGGAUGUGUUAAGAAAUAUGUAGCAGGAUAACACUGAUCUCCAAGUGGGCUAGAGCUUUAUGUCUGACAAACCUUAGAGAGGCCCUAUAAUGCUUUUGGGGGUUUUCCUCUCCUGUAGUGUGUUCUAUAGGUUUUUGUUCGUGUAAAUGGUCUGCAAAGGCUAA